UCGCUUGUUCCAGAAACAACUCCAUUUAUCCGUGCCCUAAAUCUUUUUAUUUAUUUAUUUACGUCUCAUUGCCCUUUUCUUUGCUUCCGCUACAAGUCCAAUCUUAUAAAACCCUAGAAAAAUCAUUUCCUCCGUCUCUCCAAGAUUCACAUUGUAAAUCCCUUACAUCCCUUAAAAUGUAUCGCGCUGUUGCAAAUCUUGCUUCCAAGGCUAGAAUCGCUAAAAAUGCUUCCCAGCAAAUCGGUACUAGAGCGAGUUGGACUAGAAAUUAUGCAGCAAAAGAUAUUAAAUUCGGUGUCGAAGCAAGGGCUAUGAUGCUGAAGGGUGUGGAAGACCUUGCUGAUGCUGUUAAAGUGACUAUGGGACCUAAGGGGCGUAACGUUGUAAUUGAACAAAGCUUUGGUGCACCCAAAGUGACUAAAGAUGGUGUCACUGUUGCUAAAAGCAUUGAGUUUAAGGACAGAGUUAAGAACAUCGGUGCCAGUCUUGUAAAGCAAGUAGCAAAUGCCACCAACGAUGUAGCUGGUGAUGGUACGACUUGUGCCACAGUCCUUACACGUGCAAUUUUUGCCGAGGGAUGCAAAUCUGUUGCAGCUGGUAUGAAUGCAAUGGACCUAAGGAGAGGAAUAUCAAUGGCAGUAGACUCGGUGGUGACAAAUUUGAAGAGCAGAACAAGAAUGAUCAGCACAUCCGAAGAAAUAGCUCAGGUUGGUACUAUAUCAGCAAAUGGUGAUAGAGACAUUGGUGAGAUGAUUGCCAAGGCUAUGGAAAAAGUUGGCAAAGAGGGCGUUAUCACUAUAACCGAUGGGAAGACCUUAAACAAUGAAAUUGAAGUUGUUGAAGGAAUGAAGCUGGAUAGGGGAUAUAUAUCUCCAUAUUUCAUUACAAAUCAGAAGAAUCAGAAAUGUGAGUUAGAAGAUCCACUCAUCCUAAUCCAUGAGAAGAAAAUCUCUAGCAUAAAUUCUGUGGUGAAAGUCUUAGAACUGGCCCUAAAGAGGCAAAGACCUUUGUUGAUUGUCGCUGAAGAUAUAGAAAGUGAUGCACUUGCAACUCUCAUAUUGAAUAAGCUUAGGGCUGGAAUCAAGAUCUGUGCUAUUAAGGCUCCAGGUUUUGGAGAAAACAGGAAAUCUAGUAUGCAAGAUCUUGCCGUCUUGACUGGGGGUCAACUCAUAACUGAAGAACUAGGCAUGAAUCUUGAGAAGGUUGAGUUGGAGAUGCUUGGCACGUGCAAGAAGGUGACAAUAUCUAAGGAUGAUACUGUAGUUCUUGACGGGGCUGGUGACAAGAAAUCCAUCGAGGAACGAUGUGAACAGCUAAGAGCUGGAGUUGAAAUGAGCACUUCUGAUUAUGAUAAAGAUAAGUUGCAAGAGAGGCUAGCUAAGCUUUCUGGUGGUGUUGCUGUUUUAAAGAUCGGAGGAGCUAGUGAAGCUGAAGUUGGUGAGAAAAAAGACAGAGUAACUGAUGCUCUAAAUGCCACCAAAGCAGCUGUUGAGGAAGGCAUUGUUCCUGGAGGUGGUAUUGCACUGUUAUAUGCAUCAAGGGAGCUGGACAAAUUGGAAACCGCCAACUUCGACCAGAAAAUUGGUGUUCAGAUCAUACAGAAUGCGUUAAAGGCCCCUGUGCAAACAAUUGCAUCAAAUGCCGGAGUUGAGGGUGCUGUAGUUGUUGGCAAGCUACUGGAGCAGGAAAACACUGACCUUGGAUAUGAUGCAGCUAAGGGUGAAUAUGUUGACAUGAUCAAGGCUGGGAUUAUUGAUCCACUAAAAGUAAUUAGAACUGCUUUGACAGAUGCUGCCAGUGUAUCAUCAUUGAUGACAACCACGGAGGCUAUUGUUGUUGAGCUUCCCAAGGAUGACAAAGAAAUGCCAGCAAUGGGUGGCGGCAUAGGUGGCAUGGAUUACUGAGGAGAAGAUAAUUAUUAUUAUCUGAUUCCCCUCUUGAUACAUUUUUUUUUUCCCGAAAGUUGCAUAAUGAUGGAAGAACUCUAGGUAGCAAAGUAGAAGGAAGUUUGGUGUUGAUCAUUGAACCUAUGGUUUGGAUUGUUCCCUUGCUCUGCUAGGACGUUCUAAGAUUGAGAAUAUCUUUUCCAACAUCAAACUAGAAGGCUCGUGUAAACCACAUUGAUAGAGAGAGUGAGAAAUAAUGCUAAACUGGGGGUUCUGUUUUGUGAACCCUAACUUCAUAACUUCUUAGAAGCAAUAUUGAUUCAAAUCGGUGUCAAAA